AUGGUAUCUCAAACAGAAACCCGUCAGUUGCGUAAAAAUAUUCGUACAAAUACUCAACCUGAACAUGAAAGUUUAAUGGAUGCUCUAAUGAGUAAACGCCAACAAAUGAAUGAUAUGAGUCCUUCGAAUCAGAAUAAUCAAAUGGAUAAUCAACAAACAUCAACAAUUGAUUCUUUCUCACAAGAUCGUCAAUAUUUUCGGAUCGGUUGGCACAAACAUCGAACAACGACACAAAAAAAACCUGUAAAUAAAGCACGACGCCAACAACAAGCAGAUAUCACAUUAUUAGAUAAAAAACUUGAAAAUCUAAAUCGUAAACAGGAACAACAGACACAUCAAACUAACGAAAAUUGGAAAGAAUUUAGUGAUGUUAAUUAUGGAUUUUCCGAUGAUGGGUCCUCACGAGUACCGUCUAGACAACAACAAAUCAGAGAGCCAGAGCAAGUGGCUGCUGCUUCUCAGAAAAACGAACUAUCGAACUCAACCGACACACAUCUAUCCCCAAUGAGGAAGACACCAAACUCGCCAAUUAUAAGACCUCAGACCUCUGACAAAAUAGAGAAACAGACCAUUGUUCCCGAAGAGACAAAGGCCGUUGUUCCCGAAGAGACAAAGACCGUUGUUCCCGAAGAGACACAGAAAAGAAGAGAUAGUGUAUAUCGAGAAGAACCAUUGAAAUCUUUGGUGGAACCGUCUCCUAUAAGAGAACAAUCUGUUCAUUCCGAAAAGAUGGUUCAAGCAGAAGAAUCAUUAAAACCAUCUUCAAAAACUAAUGAAAGAGCAGAAUCCGUUCAUCACGAGACAAUACCUCAGCAGGAACCAGUACAACGUAGUUUAUCAGCAACUAAACAACCCCCAAUCGAACGUGUAGAGCCAAAUCAUGACAAAUCUUCACCAAUCUUAGAGAAAAAUAUUACAUUGCCUAACAAAACUAAUGAAUUAGAAGACGACAAUCAAAAAUUCAAAUUACCGCAGAUAAAUUCAAAUAGUUUGCCGAAUACAUCCAGACGUCCAUCAUACACAAAUCAGUCAUACUUCCCAGAGCCCGCACAUCUUAAUACUGAUACAAUGAGCCCAACAUCACAGUCGUUACCUAGUAUUAAUACCAUAUCUCUACCAACUCGAGAACCUUUCCCCAUUAGUUUACCACCUCGCACACUUAAAACAAUACAACCAAACACUGUGUUACCAACUGUGCAUCGAGGUCUACAAAGUAUUCAACGUAGUAUGGAUCGUUAUCGUUUUCACGUGUGGUAG